AUGGAUCUCGCUUCUAUUUACUUCGGGCUCUUUUUGGGCGUCUUUGUUUUUACCUUCGCAAAAGCUGUGGAACAGACUCGAAGUAUUUGGAAGCACACGCACCGCAUUGUCCACCCCUACCUGUCCAUGAUAUGGGUCGAGGCCUGGGUGAAUCUUGUCUUUUGCAUCGUCACCUAUCUGUACCUGAAUAAUAUCAUUCCGGGAAGCCGAAAUAAGACUAACAAGAUAUCUUUCAGCCUUGCGUUCUACUUGGCGACUGGUAACUGCGACCCGAAAGACCACACAAUGCUUGUGAGAAUCACACAAACUAAUAAAUACUCUUUUUUUUUCCCAGUGGCACUAUGGGCAAUCCAGACACAACUCCUCCCACAAAUUAUUGCUAACCGCGUCUCCUUAAUCAUGGUUAACAAGUCUCGAGCGAAGCAGUUGAAAUGGACUCUGGUGAUUGCUAUCGGCUGCAUCAACAUCGCUGUCUGUUAUAUUUGGACGGUCGCGCAGUUGCCGUCAGCUACACCUUACCAAGUGAUGCUCAACCACAUGUUUGAGAGAGCGGAGAAGGCGUUUUUUUUAGUGAUUGAUCUAGCGCUCAACUUGUACUUUUUGUAUUUGGUUCGUUUUCGCUUGAUUGCGGACGGGCUAAACAAGUAUUGGCGCCUUUUCAAUUUCAAUGCCGGGAUGGUUGCUGUUUCUACAUCGAUGGAUGUUUUCCUUCUCGGCUUCUUGAGUUUGCCAGACCCAUACUUAUACGUUCAAUUCGCCCCCGUUGCAUAUAUCGUCAAGCUAUAUAUCGAAAUUCUCAUGGCCAAUUUGAUCACCAAGGUUGUCCGCAGCGGUUCGGUUGGGAGAGAAGAUGGAUGGUACAAGAGCAGUGGCCAGAAAUCGAACCCGACAAACUAUGCCACGUCCCGGGUUGUGGUUAGUGGAUGUUCGCGAACGCCGCAGCAGACUAACACUAUUUGGAGCAAGUUGGGCAGAGACGAUGCCCCGCCUCGAGAAGGCAGCAACGGCUCGGAGAUUCAUUUAGCCCCAUAUCCCGGCCAAAAUGGUAUCACAAAGACGGUGGAGACUACGAUCGUGGUGGACGAUGGCGAUGAGGGCAGUAGGAAGUCGGAAGUAUAG